CAGAGAGCUCCGUGGACGUGGAAGUGACGCUCGGUGACCUAGCUCGGUUUCGGAGUAAAAACAACAACAACAAACAACAACAAAAUUAUUUUCCUGGAAAAAUACAUGCCCAGCGUAGGCCAUAAAAGGAAAAAACAAUCAGCUCGAAAAACGGAUCGACCGACGAAUUGACCUCGUAGCGCGCGCGAGACGCCGUGUGGUGUUCGAUUCCCCGAUGCAUCCUCUCUGCGCACGAGGAACCAUGAAGCCCGAGAUAACCGCCGCCGUCGGAUUCCUGUCCAGAUUCCUGCGCGUGAAGGGACACGUAAACGACCGACAACUUCAGACGUUCAGCCAGAUACUCCAGGACAUGAUGGCAGAGCAAUACAAGCACCACUGGUUUCCUGAUCGGCCAUGUAAGGGCUCGGGCUACCGCUGCAUUCGCAUCAACCACAAGAUGGACCCGCUGGUGGGCCAGGCAGGUCAGCGCAUCGGCCUCAGCACACAGCAGCUCUACCUUCUGCUUCCCAGCGAGCUCACUCUUUGGGUCGACCCGUUUGAGGUGUCCUACCGCAUCGGUGAAGACGGCUCUAUUUGCGUUCUUUACGAAUCCCAGCCCAUCCCCAUCCCCAGCGCUAACAUGAACGCCAGCGUCAACUCUUCCACUGGAACCAGCAGCUCCGUGUCGUCCAUGCUGGAAAGUCACAUCAGCUGCAAGGAAGAGCUGCUGGUGCUCGGUCGAACCAGCCCGGCUAAGCCCUACAUGAUGACCGUGUCCAGCUAAAGGAGCCAUGGCCUUCUUUUUUUUUUUUUUUUUUUUUUUUCCUUUCCUUUUUAAAUAAUGCAAAAAAAGAGAGGAAAAAAUCAUGAAUGAGGAGAGAAAAAAAAAAAAAGCAAAGGAUGUAACCUAAUGUUCAGGUGAUAGAAACCGUGUAGGUGUAAUUUCAGUCGUUUUUGGUUGUCUGUUCUUUUUUUUUUUGUGUCUAAUCAACCAGAGGCUUAGACCCUGGGGCAGCUAUGAAGAUGCGAGAUAUUGCCCCUCUUCCUGGAAUAGACUGGUUUUUGUGACUGGACUUGGGGCUUUUUCUCGUGUCUAUCAAUGGUGACUUUGCACUUUUGCUCUAUUUGUUAGUUUACCACACACCAUCACCACCACAAUCAGCAUCACCAACACUGAAAACAUGGUAAUAAACCAAAACGGUUGCUCUGAAGCCCAUGUACCAGCUGCUGCACUGGUGCUGAGGGGCUGCCUCUAAAUCUUUUAUUUUAUUAUAAUUUUUGCCCUUUUAUUUUAAAUCCCCUCCCCCCCAGCGCUCCACGAAGAACUGUUUGUUUUAAUCUCCAUCUCGGCCUCUGGGAAAUCCUAGUUUCUUUUUCCCAUUUUCUUCAAUUCACUGGGAAUGCCACCGCUUUUCACUCUGCUGUGACAGAAAUGUGAAGGAAAUGUGGUCAUAUGUAUAGCUUCUUCCCAAGCUUACAUGCUCCACUUUUUUCCUGAAGCAGUGUCCCUUAGAGACACAUUUCAUUGUGUGGCACCAAAAGAAUGCGUAGCAUAGUCGUCCCAGUCUCAUAGACAAGACGUUUAAGGCACUUUUUUGACAUUGUGAUGGCAGAAAAUCUGACAUUUGUAUGAAGUGAAUUUGCUUCAUCACAUUUCAUCUUAGACUGAGGCUCAGAAUAAAAAAAAUAAGGGGGGUGACCACAACCUGGUAAAGAUCAUUUUAAAGAUAAUUUGAACAUGACGGUUCGUUUAGGAAUCUGCAACAUGUUGGUUUUAGCGUUCCAGUGUAUUUCAAACCAAGACCGAGUGGCAUGAGCUUAAGUGUAGCUGUGACCAUUCUGAGCAGGGAGAGUGUUAAUGAGCCUGCACUGGUUGUCUGGACGUGGAGUGUGUGUGUGUGUGUGUGUGUGUUUAAGCUUAAGAUAACGAUCACGUUUGUUUUAAUGCCUAAACCACCCCGAACCGGAUCGGCUAGUAUAUUCUUGUGCCUUUCCGAAGCGGGAGCAGGUUUUUCUCCACCAUUUCCUCGUACCGCACCAGGCUCAGCAUGUAGGUGUCUCUGCCAAGGACUACUGGGCCUGCUGUCACACAAAGAGCUGGAUCCCACUUAUCAUAUAUCUCCCUCCUCAGGCUGGGUGGAUGUGGUAGGAUGGGUCGAGGCAGGCGGGGGUUCACACACACACCAGACCAGGGCAGCUAAAAACCCUUCCCCCUGAUCUACCCCCACCCUAUCUCCACAUACUCACUGAAUAGCCUGAAUACACACUGCACUCCAGACCCACUGAGCCUUAGUGUGCGAGAGUGAAGCUGGCUUUGGCUCAAGGUGCUGCUGAUGGAUUCAUGAUGAACCUGUUUACAAGAGAUCAGUGUAAGGAAGGUGUGUGUGUUGUGAUGUACCAUUCUCUCGCACACAGUCUUCAGCGUUAAUUCUUUUCAAACCCCAGGUUAGUCAAAGCGUGACCAUAAACGAGCAUUUCACCACACUUUACUUCAAACUAAAAUGUUUUUAGGACCUGUAAUUUUAGAACAGCUAGCCCUCCUUUGCCUAAACACAGAGCCCCACGCUGAGCCUUUGAGUUAAGUGGGCUUCAGCAACAUCCAAGAUCUCACGGAAAUAAUAAAAGAGCACAUAAAAUGCACUAUGUUAAACAGUGAAGUCACGUGACACUGAGAUGUGAAAAGUCUCUAAAGGAAUGUAUUGCCAAACUCAGGCCUCAGACAUUCAGUGAAACGUGUCGAGAUGUGCAACAUGGAAGGGCCUUUCUUUCAAUGGUGUCAUUUUAUUAUUAUUCUCGUUAUUUUUGUCACUCUUUUCAAGUCAAAUUAUUGUCACUUUCACACAUGGGCUGCUUUGCAUAUUUGUAACAUGUAUUGUAGUCGUAACGUGUCAUAGAAUACAGACCUACCAUUACACAAUGGGAAGUGCCAAUAAUUUCUAUUUUGAGGUGUUUCAAUAUGUUCCUUUUGUAUUUCAUAUUUUAACACAGAUCGCUCUUUCAUAAACGAAGCCAUUCGUGUCAGGAGUGUUGGUGAGGACCAAAGUUGUUUUGGUACGUAAAUGUUUCCAUGCUCUGUGCCAAUAGAUUUAUCCUUUGUUCUUUUUUUUUUUUUUUUUUUCCUUCCCCUUCAUGGUGUUUGUUUUUUUCUUUUUCUUUUUUUUUUCUUUAACUUAUAAAACAACAAAAAAAAAAACCCUGAGCUACCCAAGAUGAUCUGAAAAGCUGUCUACAUUGUAAUCAGUGUAUCUUUUUAUCAUGUUUUUAUUUCUUCAUUUCUUUUCUUUUUCUUGGGUAUGUUUUAAUGAACUGCUGUAAAUUUGUACAGUUCAUGUAAAUUGAUUGUGAGGAAGUUGUAUAGAUUUCUAUAUUUUGAAAAGAAAAGGGUUUUUUCUCCCGUCUGUAAUAAAAAGAUUUCCUAUCUUGGCA